GCUCUUACACAAGCACGCUUGAGUUGGCCUCAAAAAGGAUACCAAUUCGGCCAUCUUCACACUUCGCCCGCCGACUCCGGAGCGACUCGACUGCCCAACCUCAACUCGGUCAAGUCGAGUCGUUUUGUCGCCAAAAAGCCGCAUUUCAUAGACACAAGCCUGCCUAUCCGUCUUGCCAGCACGAGCCAUUUGAAACGCCUUAAAAUUCGGCGUUCUUAUUCAUUAUUAUUAUACAUUUAUGUGCCGCCUCCGCCAACGGAAAUCGAGGUGGUGCGCAUCAAUGCGCAUCAGGUGCGCGUCAAAUGGGAGAUCCCCGAGACGAGGUCGAACGAGCCAACGAUAGAAGGGUUCCGAGUCUCCUAUUGGCCGGCGCCGCAGACCUCCGCCGCGCCGUCUGGCGACCGAAUGCCGCCCAGCUUCGAUGUUGGCAUGGUCGAUUGGACGACCAUCAGCAACAUCCGCGAGGACAAGGCCUACAUGGUGCAGAACCAGUUGAGUGAUCCGGAAGCCUACUUUAUACAGAAUGGACCAGCCGGAUUCAUCAAAGCAGACCACGGACAAACAUCUUCAGUCAAGUCUGCAAAAGUAGACGUUAUCCGCCGUCUAGAGUGUAUUAAGGGUCCAACAAACUUUCUUGCAAUCGUGGCUGCUAGGCUCUCAUCUCUCAGGUUUCCCGGCUGA